AAAAAAAAAUAAUCAAACGAAAAGGAAUUCAAAAUUAGAUUUUUCAAACGAAGAAUAUCACACUAAAGAUUAAAAUUUUUAAAUAUAAAAAAUUUUCAUGUUUAUAAAAGAUAGCGAAGUUAGUUAAGCUUCAGCUUUGAUUAUUCAUUUUUCAUAUGAUUUUCCUUUUUUUUUUCUCUGCAAAUAAUUGAAGGUAAAAAUGGCGGGAGCUCAAGUUUCAAUGGAGGUCGGAAACGAUGGUGUUGCAAUUAUUACUCUUUCGAAUCCUCCUGUUAAUGACUUAGAUGUUCCAUUAAUUUGGGGCUUGAAAGAGAAAUAUGAAGAAGCUAUGAAGAGAAAUGAUGUCAAAGCUAUUGUUAUGACUGGCGACAAUGGAAAGUUUUUAGGCGGUUUUGACAACAGAGUUUUUGAACGAGUUCAUAAGACCGGGGAUUUAUCUAUAUUACCCAACGUAUCCAUUGAACUAUUGGUCAAUGUAAUUGAAGAUGGACCAAAACCUUCUGUUGCUGCUAUACAAGGACAUGCAAUUGGAGGCGGCUUAGAAUUAGCUAUGGUAUGUCAUGCACGCAUUUCUACACCAAAAGCGCAACUAGGCUUACAUGAGUUAUCAAUUGGAGUUAUUCCAGGCUUUGGAGGGACACAACGUCUUCCGAGACUUGUUGGUGUUGAGAAAGCUGUUGAGAUGAUGCUUUCUUCAAAACCGAUAACAUCUGAGGAAGGACUAGAACUAGGCCUAAUUGAUGCUAUUGUACCCUCACAAGAGUUGCUCAACAUUGCCCGCUUGCGAGCUUUGGACAUUGCCGAGGGGAGGAAACCUUUAGUAAGAUCUCUCCACAUGACAAACAAACUAGGACCCAUCUCUGAAUCGCGAGAAUUCCUAAACAUUGCGAAACAAAAUGCGAAAAAAACUGCUCCGAACAUGCCUCAGCACCAAGCCUGCCUUGAUACUAUUGAGGAAGGUUUAGUACAUGGAGGGUAUGCUGGGCUCUUAAAGGAGGGUGAAGUGGACAGUGUGUUAGUUCUAUCAGAUGUUUCUAAACGUCUAGUGCAAAACAUUCUUGCUCAACGGAGCACGUAGUCAUAAUCAUCAUUUUCAAGAUCAGUCUUGUAGAUGCAUAAGACUUAAUGAGUUUGCAUCAGCCUGCUAACAAAAGGAUUCGGCCAACCAUCGCCCGCGAAAUCAGGAAGGAAAAAAAGGAUGAAAUAACCUAAUAAGAUGUAUCAACUUAUACAUAACUGAAUGCAUUAUAUAAAUCUUGUAAUUUUUUUCUUAGUUUAAUCUUUUUUUGACUGUUUAAUCUUGAGUCUUUGAACUUGUUAUAAUGAUAAGAAUUACUAUCUUGAUUGUGAUUCAAUGAAUGUUGAUUUGUGCAACUGCAUGCAGUGCUUCUUCCCUGGCCGUCUUGCACAUUUUUAGAACCUUGAGAGAAUGGGAAAUAAUAAGUUCUUAAAAUAUAAAUGUUAUGCUAUUUUUUAAAGUAACAAUUAAUAAUAAACUACUAUUUUUAAAAUAUAAGUGCUUCUUUCUUUUCGUUUUUCUUGAUCAAGUUUUAUUACAAAAUCUCUUUAACAAAUAUUAAUCAUUAAAUCCAACCAUCCCUCGC